AUGAAACCCUCGUCGGUCGGCCUCCCGCAUCGUGGAGGGGUCGAGUUCCGACCUAUUCUGUUUUACUCGUUCUUUUUCAAGUCACUGAAGCUGGGGUGGCUGGGAGGGUUGGCGCAAGUCGGAAUCGCCGACUUCAUCAAGUCAAGCUACACAAAUCUGAGGGUUACUCGUGAGGACGGCGUCUAUGAUGGCAAUACCCAGCGAUCAGAUCUCGUCCUGGAGGGCUCCGGUAUCCGCACCAUCAUCGAGCUCAAGUGCGAGCGCGGCGACGUGCCCAGUCCAAAGUGGAUUGUGGACGAGAUUAUCAAAGACGCUGGAAAGCUUCAGCAGACGUUGAAGGACAAGUUUCGGCCAGUCAUAUGUUACGCAGUCGGCAUCGCAGCCACGAAGGAUGCAGACAAAGAGAUCCAGAAUGCUUUCAAUGCUAGCAGGAUUCCGCGCACAGGCUUUUAUUGUAAGGAAUCCAAAAUCUAUGUGUUCUAA